AUGGAGCCUGCUCGGCAAGCGUUACGUGAUUUUGUUGCCGCUGUUCAUGAGGCCGCUGCUCAUGAGGAGUUCAAACCCGAUUUUCCCGAUUUUCCCGAUUUGCGAGAAGACACUGGAGACUUCAUGCUCGAGCUAUCUGGGGUACUCUCCGAAGUUCUGUCCUACAAUGAUGACAUAGAAAGUGAAUUCAAAGAAUUCGAAUUGGUCGGUGGAGAGAGCUAA